ACUUUGAGCCUUGACUUAUCCAUGACUUAAAAGUCCCUUGGCAUACAGCUCCAGCAACAUGAAGCUGUGUGUCCAUGGCCCUGGGGGUCAUCAGUGGGCAGAAAUGCAAUGAAUCCAAUGAAUGCGACAGCAAUUCUCAUUUGCACGUCGCCACCAAGACCACCAAGGUCACCAAGACCAAGACCACCAAGACUCAUGAUCGCCGAAUUCGUGAAUUUCGGCUCAAUGAUGGGUUGGUUGAGCUCAGUGGAGACCCAGGUAUCCUGAUUUCAUUCUCGGGUACCCCGGGAUGCCUUUGGAUCCUGGACGUCGAUGCUGACCAGGUGGUUCACUUCAUGACUAUUAUUGGGACUAUUGGGACUUCCAAUUUUGACGCCCAGGGCUUGGCGACGGUUACGGGACUUCCCACCCCGCCUCCAACUUUCGGCCUGUUCUUCACACCGCUUUGUCCUGCUCUGGGGCAAAAUCUCCAAGCUGACCGAGGCGGCAUGUUUUCGACCGUGGUUUUUUUUUACUACGACUACAUUCUUGUGCCAGGUAGUGCCGCUAGUGUACCCAACCUAGAAAACCUGCGAAGCACUAUAGCGUACAAUGUUGGGGGGAAUGUCAUCAUCCCAUGGAUCAAUUCGCCAGCAUCCCGGGUCUACCGCGUGGGAAAUGAUGGACCCUGGUUCCAAGUUGACAACAAUGGAAACAUCUUUGAUCAGGACGGCAACCAAGUCUCUCUUAACGACAACUCAGGCGUGACUGGUGAUCCGCAUAUCCAUACUUUGGAUGGCGGCCAUUACACGUUGCUGCGAGAAGGGUCCUUCUUGCUCUGGCGCUUUGGCUUGCCGCAGCCCCACGUGGAGUGGCAAAUCUUUGCCCACUAUGCCGGACGCCAGUCCUUCACCAAAGGCCUUUUGUUGGUCGACACUUCGGGUUCAGAGCCAUCCAGCAUGGAGAUCACUUCGGAACGCUGCGAAUGGCAAACCCAGAGCAACUCCAAGAAGUGGUCAUCAGUCAACUCAACACUUCCUGAAGUGCUCCUUUCCGGCCCGUCUUCUCAUAUGAAGCUGGUUGGCAACCAGCGCAAGGACAUGCAGAAGAUUGAACUCUUCGUUGCUGAUGAGAAAGUUCCAGAUGUUCCAGUCGCCACAUUGAAAGUAAUGUGUCGGCCAGGCCGUCACAUCAACCUGAAGCUCCACAUGGCGAACGAGAAGUGGAAAUACUUUGUAAGUGGGGAGCUCAAGGGCCAAAAAGGCCCAAAGCACAUGCCAACCUCGAAGAGAUCAAUGCUGCAGCUGGCCGCAAGAGAAGACGAAGAGUUUGAGGUGAAGCAGACUUGGGCGGAGCUUGGUGGUAGCUCUCACGCCCAGCACUACCUUCAAAACUUUGAUGAGCAUCCCACCAAUCUGAUGUUGCUCCAGACGUGUGACCACCAAGCACAGGCUGAUGCCAGGGUUCUCUGCCAGAAACACUUGGGAACUGUGGCGCAUUCCAGCUACUUGGAGGAGUGUGUCUACGAUGUUUGUGCAGGUGGAGGAGAAGAGGCGGCAGAGAUGACGGCAGAGAUGCUGAAAUUCUGAGCGGCCCCGGCCGGCAAAUGGGCGAGGAAGGCAGAGGUUGUAGCUAGGCUUAGUUUCAAACUUUCCAAACAUUUGAACGCAAGGCUCCCUUUGCUGCUUGCAAAAAGCGUUUG